AUGCCGACUGCGUCAAUGUCAACCUAUAAACUAUACUAUUUUAAUGGAGGUGGUCGCGCUGAAGUUUCUCGUUUAAUUUUUACUGCUGCAGGUCAAAAAUAUGAAGAUAUUCGUUAUGAACGAAAUGAAUGGUCAUCACAUAAAAGUGAAAUGCCUUUAGGUCAAAUGCCUGUUCUCGAAGUUGAUGGAACAAAAUUACCACAAUCAUUAACAAUUGCUCGAUUUCUUGCUAAACAAUUUCAAUUAGCUGCUCGUUGGGAACCAGAUGAAACGAAAAGAGAAGAACUUACGAAAAAAUUCCUUGCUGAAGAAUUACCAAAACAUUUACAAAAUCUUGAAACUUUAGGUAAAUUGUAUGAUAAUGGUGGUCCAUUUUUUGUUGGUAACUAUUUAACAUGGACAGAUUUAUACUUUUAUGAGAUAGGAGCUAAUAUGCUUCAAGUAGAUGCAAAUUGUUUGGAUAAUUUUCCAUGGUUAAAACAAAAUCGUGCUGAAGUUGAAAAACAACCAAAAAUUGCAGAAUAUCUCAAAAAUCGACCAAAAACAGAAUUUUAA